UCUCUGUUGCUUUCAAGUUUUCUCUCAGAAAGUUUUUAAUUUGAUACUAAAAGUGAGGUCAAGCUAUUAAUUUGAAUCCAUUUUGAUCUCUUGUUGAAAGCUGGGGAAGCCCAAGGAUAGGGAUUUCUCCUCCAAUUUCCAAGGAAGAAGAAAACAGAGAGCUUAGCUACUGAAGUUGUCAGAAUGGAGGAAUCCAAUGACUUGUUGUUCAAGACCGACAAUCCUGCUAAGCAAUCCAUAUCGUCCUUCUUCUUGAAGGCUCAUGAGGCCUCCAAUGUCCUCAAGAAACAGUUUCCCAUUCCCAUUUCUACCAAAACUGACAAACAAGGCAAGGGGAGUUUUCUCUUUAGCUUCAUCACUGGUCUGCUACUCUUCUCCUUCCUCGUUCUUACUUUAGAAGUAGUGGCCUAUUGGAAUCGAUGGUAUUUGCAAAAACCUGAAGGCAUUGAGAAAGAGGGAUGGAUGCAUUCGACAUACUUUUCAUGGAUCUUGUUUCGAGCUAGAUAUAUUUCAUUCCCAGUUAAGAUUCUGUCAGACAUUUGUAUUGUCCUUUCAGUCGUGCAGUCCUUGGAUAGAAUCAUAUUGUGCCUUGGAUGCUUAUGGAUCAAGCUAAGGAACAUCAAGCCAAGAAUCCAGUGCGAAGCUUUCAAAGCUGAGACGGAUUUCCCUAUGGUCCUGGUUCAGCUUCCAAUGUGCAAUGAGAAAGAGGUAUAUGAACAAGCCAUUUCAUCUGCCUGUCAACUUGAUUGGCCAAAAGAUAGGAUUUUGAUCCAAGUUCUUGAUGACUCAGAUGAUGAGAGAAUCUGUCUAUUAAUUCAAGCUGAGGUUUCCAAGUGGAAUCAAAGAGGAAUAAAUAUAAUCCACAGGCACCGCUUAUCCAGAUCCGGAUAUAAAGCAGGGAACCUCAAAUCUGCUAUGAGUUGUGACUAUGUCAAGAACUACGAGUUUGUAGCUAUAUUCGAUGCUGAUUUUCAGCCAGGCCCAGACUUUCUUAAGAAAACUGUUCCUCACUUCAAUGGAAAUCCAGAUCUUGCUUUGGUUCAGGCAAGAUGGAGCUUUGCAAAUAAGGAUGAGAAUUUGCUAACUAGAGUUCAGUAUAUCAAUCUGUGCUUCCAUUUUGAAGUGGAGCAACAGGUGAAUGGGGUUUUCUUCAACUUUUUUGGCUUCAAUGGAACAGCAGGUGUUUGGAGGAUCAAGGCAUUGGAGGACUGUGGAGGCUGGCUUGACAGAACAACCGUUGAGGAUAUGGAUAUAGCUGUUCGUGCCCAUUUGUGUGGAUGGAAUUUUAUUUUAUUAAAUGAUGUCAGGGUCCUUUGCGAGGCUCCAGAAUCAUAUGAGACUUACCAGAAGCAACAACAUAGAUGGCAUUCUGGCCCUAUUAAUCUAUUCCGCUUAUGCCUUCCUACUGUUCUAACAUCAAAGAUAUCAGGAUGGAAGAAGGCAAACCUGAUCUUCUUGUUCUUUCUAUUAAGGAAGUUAAUUCUUCCAUUUUAUUCAUUCUCACUAAUCGGUUUCAUUCUCCCUAUAACCAUGUUCGUUCCUGGAACCGAGCUUCCAGUUUGGCUUAUCUGCUAUGUGCCAAUUAUUAUGUCUCUCUUCAACAGCUUCUUGGCACCAGGAACUUUCCCCUUCAUUCUGCCACAUCUCUUGUUUGAGAACACAAUGUCAAUGACUAAGUUCAGUGCAAUGUUCUCUGGAUUGUUACAGCUAGGGAGCUCCCAUGAAUGGGUUGUCACUAAGAAAGCCGGUCGGCCAUUGAAACCCGAAAUGUUAGAAGCAAUUGAGAUAGAUACAAAGAGCCAUUCUUCUCCUGAUGUUCGCAGAAGAGCCUUGGAUGGCAAGCUUGUGGAGAAAAGCAAAUCGAAGGAGAAGAAGGAAGUGAGUUCUGUUCCAGUAAAGAAGGGCAAACAGAUUUACAAGGAAGAGCUUGCAGUUGCUCUUCUCCUUCUUAUAGCUGCAGGCAGAAGCUUGUUGGCAGCUAAACCGAUUCACUUUUACCUGUUACUCUUUCAAGGGAUGAUGUAUCUUAUAGUAGGAUUUGGUCUAUUCCCUUAGCAGAUUCGAUCGAAGAAGAGAAAAACUAUGGCCUCACUUGAUAAGAUUGAUUAUGUUAUAUAUAACUCAUAUUAUGUAGCAAUUGCAGAUUGGAAAAGAACAGCCACUGCAAGUAAAGCAGUGAGAUUACCAUUAUGUUAAAUCCAGGUGUAAAGGGAUCUUGUUAACUAGAUUCCUAUUUAUCUUCUAGCCA